AUGUUGCUCUCUACCGAGUGCCAGAAACGCGGGUUCAACCCACAGUGGACUGCAGGUGAGAUGCGAGGCGGAAUGUUCCAGUGCUCGGUGAACCUCAAUGGGAGGGAGAUCGGCCCUGGCCCGGCCUUUUUUGCGACUUUUGAGGAAGCCAAGCGUGAGAUGGCAUCCAAGGCUUUGGAUAUUGUCAAAACCUGGCCGGUGACAAAGGCUCCCAAGCCUGCCACCCAGAACGUCCAGACCGCCACCCAGCCCCCCAUGCAGCCCGCCACCCAAUCUCGGGCCAGGGGACAGGACCUGGCAGGGCUGCUGAAGUCCGUUCAAAAGAGCAAUGCAAGCCUGAGACAAGGAAAGAGAAAGGCAAAGCAGGCCAAGGCGGCCAAGGCAGCCAACUCGGGAAAUGGCAGCCGCACUGGACACGUUGCCAGAGCCACUGCUGGCGAGCAUGCAAACCUGCAGAAGAUCAAGCAAGAGGAAGGGGUGGAACAGCGUCUAAAAGUGCCCAAGAUAGUCAAAGACUCGGGCACUACAGGCCACGCGGCUAAAGGCAAUGGCAGGGAGAAAACCUCUGGGGAGAAAACCUCCAGGGUCCUUGAAGAGGUGCAGAGCCUCAUAGGUACCACUUUCCCCGACAACUUCAAUGAAGACCCGAGGAUCGCAACCACCUUUCUCGAGGGCCUGGCUCUCGGAUCGCGCCUGGCCGAAUCUGUUGCCAAGAAUUCCCAGCUUCGGGAUGGAUCGCAGGCCCACGACCAGACUGGUCGCAGUCCCAACAGGGACGCUUUGCGGCUUCGCAGCUACCGUUCCCGGUCUCCCGUCCGCGGCCGAGACCGGGAGAGUGAUAGAAGAUGGCGUGAUCACGGCGAGCAGCGCCGCUCUAGCUAUUACAGGCCUUACCAGGAUCACCACAGUCCCCGCCGCCACAGCCGGCGGACCCGCAGCCGCAGCCCCGCUGAGAGCCGGACCUAUCAGGACCAUCAUCGCCGGGACUCCUUUGCGAGCAGCGACGUCGCUAGCCGUGGCACCGAUCGUGGAGUUGCGCGUCGAGUUGAACGUGGUGUCGAGCCUAGCCGCACCACUGCCAGCGGACCCUCGGUCCCUCCCAAGUCCCAAGGGAAGACGAAGGAUCUUCGACAGGGGAGUGGCCUCCAGUAUUAA